AUGGAAUCAUCGCAAACACAAGCACAAGCUCAGCCUCCACUCCCGCCUUUACCCCCCUUACCUCCUCCCGCGCCUAUACAUCACCCCCGACAUUCAAGUAACGGUCUGAUUCAGCCCCCGCCUCCACACCUCUCGCGGCGAAAUAGUAACCAUGGCUCGGCGUCCUCACAUAGCUCCUCGUCGCCGUCUCCUCAUCGGAGAAUGCCAUCGAGACGGCAAACGAGCGAGCUGAUCCUUCCGGAAUGGCAGCCGGACGAAGGCGCGAACCGGUGUCCCAUCUGUCAUAACGCGUUCACAUUCUUCAACCGAAGACACCAUUGCAGGUAUGGGCGUUCAUGUAUCUCUUCUCGGUGUGGCGGUUCCGUCGGCUCAGUUGAUGUUUAGGAAAUGCGGACGAGUAGUGUGUAAUCCCUGCUCACCCCACCGAAUCACCAUCCCGAAAGCCUUCGUCGUCCAUCCCACUUCACAGACCCCAUGCUACGAGCCUCUUGCCUCGCGUGUGCCGGAUAGUCCCGGGGAUGCCGAUUACGAGGACAACCAAGUGAGGCAAGGGAGGAUCACGAUCACAGCUGGACCAGCUUCUCAGUCGUUUAUUUGGAAUUCGAGCUCCGGGGAUGAAGAUGAAGGGAUGCAAGUGCGGAUCUGCGAGCAGUGUCUUGGCAGGAGACCAUCGGAUUCGCACCACAGCCCGGGGAGGGGCGCUCCCGGGCCGAUCCCCGGGGGCAACGGGGGUGGGGGGUGGGUGAGCGGUUUUCUUGGAGGGGACAGCGGAGGGAUGGGCGUUCCGACUCCACCCCCGGGUAGUAGAGAUGUAAACCGACGACGAAGGCAGAAUGUAAACUACUCCUUGGAGCUAUGGGGGGACUAGGCUGACAUUCCCGCAGUUCCAAGGUGGAAGGUCCCUUCCGCACAUACACCACGCCGCCAUGUCCCCCAGUUCCCGAUCAGCGUACACGAACUACCAAGCUCCUCCAGCGCAUCACUACUACUCUUCUGCAUCCUCAUCGAGCUCCCUUCCGUCCCGUCGUGGCCAGCAACCGCACUACCCCCCCGCGCACUACCACCCUCCACAGCACUCCCGAAGUAGUAGCCAAAAUGUGCCAACUCACCCGCGCCUCAAGGAGACCGACUAUUGUCCAAUCUGUACGCACCCACUCCCGCCAGUGGAUCCAAACGGAAGUGAGGACGCAAGAGAGGAACACAUCCAAUCCUGCAUUCGUGCCGUUGAGUCCUCGGCAUCUCCCGCCAAUACCCCGACCACUGGAGCCCCUGCCGGCACCCCCAACCCCAACCCCCCCGGAACAAUUCGUCCACGGAGAUACACCGGUGGUGGCCGCAUGGUUGUGUGGAAAGCGAGUGAAAAGGACACUUGGGCAUCCGGGGGGGAAGCUGACGAGAAGAAAGGUGAAAGCGAGGGCGAUGAGCGGGAGAAGGCAGAAUGUGUAAUCUGUUUUGAAGAGUUCGAGGUUGGGGACGUGAUUGCCCGGUUGGAGUGUUUGUGUCGGUAUCAUAAGGUAACCUCCUCCCCCUGCUCUCGCCAGAUGAAUAACUAACAAGAGCACAACAGAGAUGCAUCCGAAUGUGGUUCGAAAAGAAAGGGAACGGCGAGUGUCCUGUACACGCUGUUCAUGAGUGAUAGACCUCUUCAUUCAUUCAUUCAUUCAUUCAUUCAUUCAUUCGUUCGUUCGUUGUUUCACGACUGGCUCCCUGCUAGCUCACUAAACCUAGGCGCAGGAUCAUCAUGAUCACAAUCUAUUUAUUUCUCAUCUCCCCUUCCUUGUUGGCCCCCUUACCGUGCCCCCGUGUGCUUACGCUAGCCGAUUUGGUGAGAGUCGCACUCUUUUGCUCAUGCGUUCGUUCGUUCACCGGGUGGUUUUGCAGGCGGUUGGGCGGGUAGUUGAAUAGCGUGUUUCGGCCUUUUGUUUCUUUUCUUGUUUCUCCGGUAAAGGUGUGUAUGAAGAUAUGUGUGAGCGGUUCACCUGUUGGAUGUAGCGUACAUUAGCUUGUAUGGGUAGAGUGUUCACGAGAAGACGAACUGGGGAGGAAGUGGUGGGGAUUAGCAUGUAAAUGAUAGGAGUGGGCUAGGGUUGGAUAGGGCGGGAUGUGUCGCUGAUUGUUGUAAUCUCGGCAUUUGUUAUAAAUUGAAGCAUGGGCUAUGUAUU